AUGGACAAGGUGACGGAGCUGGAGAUGGGGGGAAACUCCCUCCUGAAGGCAGUGUGGCUCGGCCGGCUCCGGCUGACCCGGCUGCUGCUGGAGGGGGGGGCUUACAUCAACGAGAGCAACGAGAAAGGGGAGACCGCCCUGAUGGUGGCCUGCAUCACCAAGCACGUCGACCAGCAGAGCAUUAACAAGGCCAAGAUGGUGAAGUACCUUCUGGACAACAGAGCCGACCCCAACAUCCAGGACAAGUCCGGGAAAACAGCCCUCAUGCACGCCUGCAUCCGCGGUGCCGGGGGGGACGUGGUGUCCCUGCUGCUGGAGAACGGGGCAGACCCCAGCCUGGAGGACCACUCGGGAGCAUCGGCUCUGGUCCACGCCAUCAACGCUGAUGACAAGGACGUGCUGCAGCACCUCCUGAACGCCUGCAAAGCCAAAGGGAAGGAGGUGAUCAUCAUCACCAUGGACAAAUCAGCCUCUGGCACCAAGACCACCAAGCAGUACCUGAACAUACCCCCCUCGCUGGAGUUCAAGGAGAGGGGCCCCCCCGAGGCGUGCACAGCACCCUCCAGCACCCACCUGAAAAAUCCCAUCUCGGCACCUUCCCCCACUGAGAAGGAGAGCAGCAUCUUUGUCCCGCACCCAUCGCACCCCGGGGACAGCCCC